AUGCGAGCUGUACGUGUACUCCGCCCCGCGUUAGCGCAGCGUAGCAUGCCGCUGGCGUCUCGUCCUACAGCUGUGGCUGUCCGUGCGAUGCAGACGCUGCAGAAGCGAAGGAGCGCCUUGCCUGCCACGGUCCCUGCUGUGGCGCGCGUAUCCAUGGUGCAGCCGACACGGCCGUACUCGACGGCGCCAAGUGAGCUGCCACUCGCGACCACUGUGCAGCCCAGUGAGGCGGAUGUGGCGCGUCUCUUGCGCCAGCGCAACGUCGGUAUUAGUGCGCACAUCGACAGUGGCAAGACGACGCUAACGGAGCGUGUGCUAUACUACACAGGCCGUAUCAAGGACAUUCACGAGGUGCGUGGUCGCGAUGAAGUCGGUGCGAAGAUGGACAGCAUGGACUUGGAGCGUGAGAAGGGUAUUACGAUCCAGUCGGCCGCCACGUACUGCAAGUGGAAAGCGACGCCGCCUACGGAGAAGAGCAACAUGACUGGCGAUGCGGCGGACGACUCGGCCAUGACGCAGAAGAAGGAGGACUUCCACAUCAACAUUAUCGACACGCCUGGGCACGUCGACUUUACGAUUGAAGUCGAGCGUGCGCUGCGUGUGCUGGACGGUGCUGUGUUGGUGCUGUGUGCCGUGUCCGGUGUGCAGUCGCAGACCAUGACGGUGGACCGCCAGAUGCGCCGCUACAAUGUGCCGCGUCUCUCGUUCAUCAACAAGAUGGACCGUGCCGGUGCGAACCCGUGGCGCGUGGUCGAGCAGAUCCGCACGAAGCUGCGUAUGCCUUCGGCAGCCGUGCAGGUCCCGAUUGGUGCAGAGGACAACUUUGAGGGCGUAGUCGACCUGGUGCGCUGGAAGGCCGUGUACAACGAAGGCAUCAAGGGCAAUGUCGUGCGGGAGACGGACGACAUUCCCGAGAGUGUGCUGGAGCUUGCCAAGGAGAAGCGCCAGGAACUGAUCGAGCAGUUGUCGGAUGUCGAUGAUGAAAUGGCGGAGAUCUUCAUUGAAGAGCGUGAGCCGACGCUGGAUGAGCUAGCUGCGGCGCUGCGUCGUGCUACGGUGGCCUGCCGCUUCUCGCCUGUGUUCAUGGGCACUGCGAUCAAGAACAAGGGUGUGCAGGCGCUGUUGGAUGGUAUGUGUGCGUACUUGCCGAACCCGAUGGAGGUCCCGGCGAUUGCCAACGAUAUGAAUGUAGCCAAGAAGCUCGCUGCAGAGGCGAACCAGGAGGGCCAGGAUGCGGACGCUGUCCAGGCCGCGGCGCAGGCGGGCAGUGAAGUGCAGUUGGUGCCUGCCUCGGAGGCGCCGUUGGUGGGUUUGGCGUUCAAGCUGGAAGAAAGUCGGUUUGGCCAGCUGACCUACAUGCGUGUGUACGAAGGUACGCUGCGCCGUGGCGGUAUCAUCUUCAACUCGCGUACGGGCAAGAAGGUCAAGGUCCCUCGUCUUGUGCGUAUGCACUCGAACGAUAUGGAGGACGUGAACGAAAUUGGCCCUGGUGAGAUUUGUGCCAUGUUCGGUGUGGAGUGCUCGUCGGGCGACACCUUUACGGAUGGCAGUACGUCGCUUUCUAUGUCCGCGAUGUUUGUGCCGGAGCCUGUGAUUUCGCUCUCGCUCUCGCCGGAAGGCAAGGACGCCAGUGCGAACUUCUCGCGAGCGCUGAACCGUUUCCAGAAGGAGGACCCGACGUUCCGUGUGCAUGUGGACGCCGAGUCUGGUGAGACGAUCAUUUCAGGUAUGGGUGAGCUGCACCUGGAGAUCUACGUGGAACGUAUGCGCCGUGAGUACAACGUGCCAUGCACGACAGGCAAGCCGCGUGUCGCGUUCCGCGAGACGAUUUCGCAGCCGGCCAAGUUCAACUACACGCACAAGAAGCAGACGGGCGGUGCUGGUCAGUUUGCGCGUGUCAUUGGUUACAUUGAGCCCAUGCGCAUGGACGAAGAUACGGGCAAGGACACGGCGUUCGAGAACGCGGUCAUGGGUGGCAACAUUCCUGCGAGCUACAUUCCUGCGUGUGACAAGGGCUUUGGCGAUGCGCUGGAGAAGGGUUCGUUGGCGGGCUACCCUGUGUGUGGUGUGCGUAUGGUGCUAGAGGACGGUGCGGCGCACAGUGUCGACUCGAGUGAGCUGGCCUUCCGUAUCGCGACGAUUGCUGCGUUCCGCGAGGCGUUCCGCGAGGCGGGUCCGUCGAUUCUGGAGCCUAAGAUGACCGUGGAAGUGAUUGCCCCGGUCGAGUUCCAGGGCGCUGUGAUCGGUGCGCUGAACCAGCGUAAGGGUACGAUUGAGGACACGGAAGUGCGUGAAGACGACUUUACGAUCACCGCCGAGGUGAGCCUCAACGACAUGUUCGGCUUCUCGAGCCAGCUGCGUGGCCUGACACAGGGCAAGGGUGAGUUCUCUAUGGAGUACAAGAAGCACGAGCCUGUCAUGCCGAACGUGCAGGCGGACAUGGAGGCGGCGUACCGCAAGAGUCUCGAGAAGAAGUAA